CCAUUGCGCGGUCGUGUUUUGGCUGACCGAAAAGAUGGCGGACUAGUGUUUUCAAGAUUGCUCGCGCUCCCAGCACGUUGUUCGGACACAAUAACCACGGUGUUGAAGUGAUCUAACGUUAAAGUUGACAUGUCACACGUGCAAUAAUCGCAUCCGCGACAAAUUACGGAUUGUGACGGACCGCAAAUGCGAUUGCACCGCGUGGUGCUCGCCGUUUGUUUUAGCGUCAUCUCCGUCGCUUUACGCGCGGGUCUCCAGAACGAAGCUUUUUUUAUACAAGUUUGCGCGGAGUUGGUGUUGUUGAAUAAUUCUGACAAAUGUCCAGUUAAACUGUGGUAGUUUUUGAACAUGAAAGUUGCCGAGUCGAUAAAACGGUUGCGCGCUAACGCGGGUUUAUCUAACCCCAAGUGUGUUUACUUUUCAUUUAAUAGCUACGGGAUUUAGGUUAGGUCGAUUGAAACUCUGUGCGUGUAUAUCUUGUGAUACCGGAACGUUGUCGCGCGAUAUUUCUCGCGACGAUAUACAUUACGAUGUAAUACACAAUAUCGGUUCUAUUAACUGAUGAUUAUUUGGUAACACAUUCACAAUGGCAAGCGACACAUUUGACGCGGAGUUCUUCGAACAGAAACUCCACUCACUGAAGGAUUCUCAAGACUCCAUACAACAACUCUCUGCUUGGUGUCUAGAAAGGAAGCAACAUCACAAGAAGAUUGUUUCCACUUGGCUACAAGUUUUGAAAAAAGUAAAAGUAGAGCAUCGACUUACAUUGUUCUACCUGGCUAAUGAUGUCAUUCAAUAUUCGAAAAGAAAAAGUUCUGAAUUUGUGGAUUCAUGGAGCACUACUUUGCAACGUGCAACAACAAUGGUUCGUGACGAGAAAGUAAAAAAUCGUGUACUGAGAAUUUUCAAGAUAUGGGAGCAGAGACAAAUCUACGACGAAGAGUUUCUCGCCGAUUUGUCUGGCUUAAUAUCAGCCGCUCCAAAAAAGAAAUUGGAUCCACAACCGGCUUCGCUACAAUCAGAUGAAUUUCAAGCAGCUUUACUUAUUUCUACAAUGAGAUCUUGUGCAACUCUGGAACAAGCAACCGAUGCAAGAUUACGUGAUUUACGAGACAGUAAUGUGGAUAUAGAAUCUGCUGAAGAAUUAUGCUCUUCAUUAAAGGAUAGAAGACGUGUAGAAGAUGCUGAAAAGGAGAUCGAUACAGUUGUGAGAAAUGUCGAAAAUUAUGUUCGUGCGUUAGAGGCUGAGAUUCAAGAAAGGAAUCAAGUUGUUGAAUUGUUGGAUCAAGCAGAUCAGUUUUAUGAAACUCAGCGUGGAGAAGUUAAAAUAGUGAUGAAUGCGUAUCGGAAUUUUGGUAGUCGUGUAAAAAAUUUGAAGAAAAAGUUAGAUGAAUUAUUACCGACCUUUGUUUCGCCGAUACCAUCGCCAGAUGUAAACGCACCCUCGCCAAGUCCCGACAGCGAUUUAGAAUUGCCAGGCGAAGAAACACAAGCAGUGAAUAAUGAAUCAGGAAUAAUUGACGUAACAGCACAGUCUCUCUAUGCUUCAUAUUCCGAAUAUGAUCCUAUACCCGUACCCGCACCUGAGAUGGCUCAAGGCAAUGACUCAACUACCUUUGCCAAUAAUUUUACAUCUUUUAUGGGAGGAAAUGUUGAUUUUAGUAAUAUGAGAAACUUGUUUGAUGAAAGAUCAUCGUCCAGUAGAACAUCUCAACACUAUAAUGAAUCUUUAGAGCCCAAGCCGAUAGAAGUUAUUAACAUGAGACCUUCAAAGAAUGAAAACAGCAAUUUUAGUAUUUCUAGUUUCUUAAAAACAGUUCUUCCGUCUUCUGACGGUGCGCCAGAUCCAGGUACAAUACCAGGUCUGGGCUUGGAUGUUUCUGAUGGUCAAGUGGAAUCAUCACAACAUCCUGAUUAUAGAAAUUCGCCCACGUUAGGACAGCUUCCUGUAACGCCUACUAUCUCUAGAAUGAAUAGUCAAGGCACACCAUCUAUCAAUAGUGGUUUAAAUAAUUGCCAGAUGAGUCAUAGUACUCCGUUACAAGUUCGCAAUUUGUCUGCCGAACCACAUAAUUCCCCAUAUUCCAGUCAAAAUAGUCAGGGUAAUAUAACCGGUCCAUUUGAUGGUUCUGCUAACUCCAACGCAGUUACUCCCUUACCUCCUCCACCGUUACCACCUAUGUUUCUAGACGAUGAAAAUUGUUACAACAAGUUGCCAUCAAAAUUUCCCACGUGGACUCCACGAAGUGAGAGCAUCAAUGAUCCAGAUAAAUGGAAGGACAAAGAUUACGGAAAAAAUAACAUGAAUCCUACGUGGUCAGACGAAUGCGAUGAUAAAAACAAAAGUUCAUCAUGGAUAGACAGCGAUAGAGACAGAUGGGAUCCUAAUAACGAUUCCACAUGGUCAAGUAGAACAAAAAACAAGCUACUGUCUGAGACUCCUGAAUCACCGCCAAUGUAUGAAAAGACCAGCUUUGCUGAUCCAGUGGAAUACAAUGAACCACAACCACAAGAAACUCUGAGUACCAUGGGAGAUGUGGAUCACAGAGUAAUGCCCAUUCCAAUGAAUGUCGAGAAUCAGUUACCAGCAUAUAGGCUGAUGAAAGGAGCCGAUGUUGAUCAUCGUAAUCUGAUCAGUCUGACAGGUAGUCCAGCAAAUCACAGCAAUGCUGAUUUGUCAGGAUCUUUUGUACCCAAUAACAACAAUUUAUGGUCCGCAGGUGAUCAAGAUUAUCGACGUCAACAUAUACAAUCUGGAGACAUUGUUGAAAGCGUUGACAUGGAGAUGUCAGACGACGAGACUGAUAACAAAUCGAAAAGUAGAGUUCUUGUCGAUGUGAGACCGCAGGAUCGCGAUAUGCGUGUCAGUGGACCGCCGUUAUCAUCCCAUCUUGAUAUGGAUAUGCGUAUGGUUUCACUUCCUGCUGGACAAAUACCUGGUCCACAUGGUGGUCAACUUAUGCAAGAUGUACAUUUGAUGCAUUCGAGACCACCUCCGCCACCACCACCGUUACCGCCGCAGCAUCAGCAGUUUCAACAUCAACAGGGUCAGAGUGGCUUUUGCCAAGAGCAGUCGGAAUUUUCACAUCGUAAUCAGUCGGUAGACUUCCAUCUGCCAAAUCAGCCGAAUUUUCAUCAGAACAGACCACCGCUGUCAAACUUCUUACCGACUCAGCAAGACUUUCGACCAGAUCGACAAGAACCUUUUCAUCAACUCCAUCAAUUUCAACAAGAUUUUCAUCAGUCGCAACAGGACUUUGAAUAUCGCGAUAGAGAACAUAGUAUGCGGCCCAAGCAGGAGUUUCUGACGGAUUCGUCGGGGCGCAGAUAUUCGCAAUCGACAGAUCAUCAGCAUCAGCGUGACAGUUCAUCUUUUCACAGAAACGAACGAAAUCGCGGUGGUGGUCGUGGAUUUUCGAGGAACCGCCGGGACAGAUACUCUGACGAUCACAAUACAAAGCAUCGGAAUCUAGCAAACAAUCGGAAAUCGAGAUCGCAAGAUCAGCAGCAGUAUCAUCAGUCGUCUCCAGAGAUUAUGUCUAAUAAUCAAACGUCUGACAACGUUUCUUCUCGUGAAGAGAAAGAUAUGGAAUUCGAUCGAGAUAGCAAUAUGCCCUCUAACAAGACGGAUUUUCAGGACCGCAAAUCCGACAUAGAUGCGAAUUCUCCGAAAAAACGCAGAGCGUCGCACGAUUCUGAGCAUAACCAGCAACAGCAGGAUUAUCCACUAGGUUCCGAUUGUGAUCAGCGGGCGUUAUCCUCAACUGAAACAGACGAUCAGACGCCGACGAGUCAAGUGACAAUUAUUCCAAUAAAGGCGAACAACGCUAGCGACGACGUGCAACACAAUCAAUAUAUUCCCAUUUCAGAGUAUGAAGAACACGUAGAGUCGACAGAGCAUUCUGAUCCUGCAGAAAAGACAAACGCAACCGACCAUGACGACGAAUCGAUCAAUCGAGGACAAGAGAUGAACGCGAGAGACGAACGCUUGGACGAGUCGACGACUAUAUCAGGUAAUGAGAGAAUACCACCAUCGGCAAACGGCAGUUUCGACGAGCAAGAUCACGAACAAGGGAACCUCAACAAAAACAAAGAUCUGCAGAAUGGACCACAAACGCCAGAUCUCGAUUUAUCGGGUCCAAAUGGUCCUGCGUCUCAGGUUAGCACGAUGGAAACGCCUCUUGUUCCGAUGUUUGAACCCGAUGGACCAAACUUCUGGCCACGUGCACCUUUUCCACCUUGGCGUGGUGGACCUCCUCCUCCUUCCAGAGGAGUCAGAGGAUUUAGAGGCGGACCACCGCCGCCACUACGAGGUCCGUGGAUGGACAGAGGGCCAUUGCGUGGGUCCGCUACUGGCAAUUUUUCACCAAGAGGUUCAAAACGCGGAAUUGGACAAUUUUGGGGCGGCGGUGGUUUUAGAGGUCGAGGACGAAGCAGCAACUGGUAGAUAAAAGACGAGAGAUUUGACGAUAUACUGUCGUCGUAAUUCAACUAAAAAUAUGUGCUCUUCGCAUUCUGUAAAUAAACACUUUUUUGGCGCGCACAUACACACACACACACACACACUCAAACAAACAAACAAACAAACAAUACACACAAAUAUGCGAUUAGCAUCAGACAGUGAGAUCUUCCAUAGCGAAGGUUUUUCGUGCACUUCUAUGCUAUUAAAUCGCUCCUAUAUAAAUAUAUAUAAAUAAGAAAAACUAUAUAUAUAU